UGGGCUUAUACUCCCAAGUGUUAUACAUCAUGGGGCUGUACACACUGCUGCUGCUGACUGGGCUGGCACUCCUCACUCCGGGAGUGAUAUCAAAUUAUCGCACCACAGGACUAGUUGGUGAAAACCUGAUUUUAACCUGCUUCUACCCUGUUACCAGACAUACAACUCUUGCAUGUUGGGGAAGGGGAGAUUGUACAAGUACUGGUUGUAACCACCCAGUAGCCACAAUCAAUGGAAGCAGAGUGAUAUGGACAAAGUCUAUGAGAUACAAGGUAACUGGGGAUGCUGCCAAUGGAGAACUGCCACUUACCAUCACUGAUGUGAACCUGGACGAUUCAGGGGUUUACUGCUGCCGUGUGCGGAUUCCAAAUCUCGGGAUUGAUCUGAAGAGAGAAAUUGAUGUGGCGAUACAACAUCCCAUGAUGCCAGACAAUCUCCUGCAGGGGUCCGUGGAUGAUACAUUGACUUUAACCUGCAAAUAUCCUGUUGAUGAAGGUCCAAGAGAGGUAUGCUGGGGGAGAGGGAGCUGUCCUAUCUCGGGCUGUAAAAACAAGAUCAUCUCUACCGAUGGCACCAAAGUGACCUGGAGCGAAUCGAGAAGAUACAACUUAUUGGGGAAUAUCACGCGGGGUGACGUAUCCCUAACCAUCAGUGGUUUGUCAAAGGAUCAGGAGGACACCUACUGCUGCCGUGUACGGAUCCCAGGACCAUUCAAUGACAUUAAAAAUGAGAUUAAACUGGAAAUAAAAGACGUUGUUCGUGUGACUGCCUCACUGAGGGAUACACUCGUAUUACCUUGUUCAUACUCCACCGAUGCUGGCACAAGCCCAGUAUGCUGGGGUCACGGUCAUUGUGGACUAUUCUCAUGUCACAAUAAGGUCCUUGAAAGUGAUGGCGAUGAAGUGACCUGGAAAGAGUCCGAUAAAUACCAAUUAACAGGGAACAUGGCAAAUGGGAAUGUGUCCCUGACCAUCAAAAAUGCAAAUGAGCAUGAUGGAGGAGUCUACUGCUGCAGAGUCAAGGUCCCUGGAGCUUUCAACGAUAUAAAGAAGGAAAUCCGUGUAGAGAUACGAGAAGCUGACCAGAUUUCUGGACGUGUAGGUGACAUGGUGAAAUUACCAUGUAAAUACGAUGUCAGUGAGGGCACAUCCCCUAUGUGCUGGGGAAAAGGCUCCUGCCCAACGUUUAAAUGUUCCAACACUAUUGUCUGGACUGAUGGAGAUGAUGUCACCUGGACUGAGUCAGAAAAAUACAAGCUGAGAGGAAACAUAGAAACUGGAGAUGUGUCUUUGACCAUCAACAGUGUGACAAAGGAGGACGAAGGAGUGUACUGCUGCCGUGUGGAGGUCCCGGGACUGUUCAAUGACAAGAUGAAGGAAAUCAAUUUGGAAGUGGAAUUUGCUGAAAUGGUGACAGGUUUAGUGAAUGGCAUGAUAAACAUGCCCUGCAGAUACGCCAAUCAAGGUUCUGAAUAUACCAUGUGCUGGGGACGAGGUGGCUGUCCAAUCCAUGGUUGUAAGGAUGAGUUUAUCAGGACAAAUGGCAAGGACGUGACCUGGAGGAAAUUUAACAGAUACCAGUUACUGGGAAAUAUCAUUGAUGGAGACGUGUCCCUGACCAUCAUCGGGGUCACUAAACAAGAUGAAGGAACUUACUGCUGCCGGGUGGAGGUCAAUGGAUUAUUCAAUGACCAAAAGAAAGAGUUGGAAUUGAAAGUAGAAGAAGAAAACCCGGGAACUGCAAAUCAUCAUCCCACAACUACAGAGCAAGACAGCUUCAGCAUGCUUGAAGAAUGUCCAGAUGAUACACAUGAAAUGGACAGAAUUGAUGGAAGACCAAGAAAAUCGAAAUACCAAUGUGCCUCUGAUUGCUAUGACAGCCUUGGGCUUUCUAAAGGCUCCCAGGCUUGUGACAUUGAGCUGGCGGCAAAGCCAAGCCUGUGGCACAGCCUGUCAGUUCUGGCAGUAUCCGGAGGAGAGGUCACAGGAUCAGUGAAUGACACAUUGACUUUACCCUGCACUUACAUUAUUCACAAAUAUCAACACCCUGUAUGCUGGGGACGAGGUGGCUGUACACUGACAGGGUGCAACAAUGAUAUCAUCCGGACUGAUGGCCAAAAGGUGACCUGGAGGAAAUCUGACAGAUACCAGUUACUGGGGAACAUAAGUCAGGGGGACGUGUCCCUAACCAUCACGGGAGCCACUAAUGAAGAUGAAGGAACUUACUGCUGUCGUGUGGAGAUCCCUGGAAUUUUUAAUGACAUAAAAGAAAAGAUGAACGUGACGAUACAAGAAGGUGAGACGUUUAUACUUUUGAAAACCUGUAGCUCAGUGCAUGAUCUAUAUCAUGAUAUGAUGUAUGGGGAAACCCACAAAUGUUGGCCUAUGUGUAAAAAAUAA